UAUGACGCCUGCGUUUCCCUUUUGUUUCCACCCUUCCCUGCGCGUCUUCCAUCGAUUCCUCCACACUCCUCGUGGUUUUUCUCAAAGCGGAGGAGUUGUGUGCUGCAUUUGACCAUCAUCAAGUGCGUCCGUUCUUUAUUGCUUUGCUAGUUGUACCCUCAUUUUGCCAAUAUCUGCGGAGCAUUGCCAACGAGAUACCCCAUCCCGCAUUAAGCCCCAUCGAAGUUCGCAGGCGGAAACCGCACCAAAACCCGUCAAUCCCGCCGAUGCGCUCGCACUUCCACCUUGUAGCCUGCCUGGCGACACUGCUGUCCUCCUCUCUUGGGCUCGAAUUCACCGCCCCAAGCUCCAAUUCACAAAUAGACCCAAGCAAGAGCGUGGUCAUUUCAUGGUCUCUCAGUUAUACGGAUCCAUCAACUAUUGACCUUAAACUUACCAGCUCCGAUUCGGACACCGAUCUAACCAUUGCAACUGGAGUCGUUUCAUAUACUGGCUCAUACACUGUACCAGCCGGCACCAUACAAGGCUCGGGGUCGGGCUAUAAGAUAUUGGCUGUUGGAAAUGGGGAUACCCUUGCCCAGAUUACUGGAUUGACAUUCGGUACCAAAGGUGGCCAGAGUUCAAGUGGAGAUAAUGGGCCGGUGACCAUGGUCACAACAGCAACUGUCGUUCCAGUUGCUUCCACUGCUUCAGCUGGGCGCGAUGGUACCGAUAGUAACGUCCCAACGGCAACGAUCAACUCGGUUGGGGUUGUUACCCUACCAGGAACAGUGACUGGAAGUAUAGCAACAACUUCUGCGUCCAAUUCACGCACUGGAAGCAGCUUUGCGACCAGCACAACAAGCCAAGCAGGCAGCGAGUCCAACGGCGCUGUUGCGCCAACUACUGGAAGCACAAAUACCGCCAACGGUCAGAGACGACGAAGUGGUGAACUCGUCCUCAGUGCCGCCGGUCUGUUGGCAGGUGUUAUUGCUCUUUUGGCAUGAAGCUUAAAUGUAUUCUACCUGCUUAUACCCCAUAUACGCCUGGCAUGUGCUCUCAUGAUACAGCCUUGUCUGCAGCUUGCGCACAAGGUCUUGAAUGCCAAAUAUAUUCUACAAGUUAUAAUUUUCUUCGAAAUGGGAGACUUGAAGCGUUUGCCAAUCUGCGGUGGGAUCUUUUUGCUGGUCGCUUCGUGGAGUCUGGUCCGGUUUAUGAGUUUGGAGAGGGCAAAGGUGAGUAUUGGCAGUACGUCGCCCAUCGAGUAUGAAUAUUCC